AUGCAGUUUGUUGAGAAAAUGCAGAUACACAUUGCUUGGUUUCAUAAUAUUUUUGGCCCAUAUGGCACGUGGGUUGGCGGGCAUGAAAAAGUGCCUGCUGCAGCAGCUGCACAGCUCAGAAAAGCGCUUGCUGCAUACAUGGAUCCUACUACACAGCAUGAAAUUGAGUUCUGGGGAGAUGCAAAGCAGCAGCGAAGCUUCCUCUACAUCAACAAUUGUGUCGAAGUGAUUCUCCUUCUCCUUGAAUCCGACUGCAGCGCACCAAUCAACAUUGGAUCUGACUGUUCGGUGACCAUUGAUGAUGAAAAUUGCCGUGCAAUCUGCAGGGACGUAGGAGAUGUCCAUUUCAGAUACAUGGAUGAUAUUCGUCCUGUCGGCAUCCAUUCAUGCAAUUCAAACAAUGAGUUCAUCAUGAAAACAUUGUGCUGGACUCCAAAGAUAACCCUCGAGGCCAGUAUGAUGAAGACUGUGAACUGGAUCAGAGGGGAAAUGGAGAAGAUGCUUCAUAGCACUGGUAAGACUGCCUGA